GCUUGGCCAGACAUUUUCCGGCACAGGACAGAAUAGGCUGGACCUUGUUAAUUUUUAAAAGAUGUGUCGACUGACCCUCUUCGAUCUUCUGAAGAUGAACUUUCUGCCAAACUGCACCAGAGGAGAUCAAUGGCUGUAAAGAUGCGUGGGAUCUUUGCUAGUUGUGCGCUCUCAGCCCUGCUGCUGGCUGCAGCCUGGGCAGACCACCACCACCACCACCACGGCUCUGAACACAGCCACGAGGGAGAGCUGAGCUGCCACAAACUGUCCUCUCCCAAUGCUGACUUUGCCUUUGCCCUAUACAAAAGCCUGAAUAACAAAACUGCUGCUGGACAAAACAUCUUCUUCUCGCCGCUGGGCCUCUCCACCGCCCUGUCCGUGCUGUCUACAGGGGCCAGUGGUGAGACCCACCGCCAGCUGUUCUCCAGCUUGGGCUACAGCACCUUUACCCAGACCCAGGUCAAUGAAGCGUACGAGCAUCUUUUCAGCAUGCAUGGAAACAGCCAGGAGAGCCAGCAUCUGGAUGUCGGUAACGGCGUGGCCGUGCGCUCCGGCUUCAGUCCUCUGGAGAAGUUCCUGAAGGAUGUCAAGCACUACUACUCCGCCGAUGUCUUCAACGUCGACCUUACCAAACCUGCCGAGGCUGCAGCUGAAAUCAACGCGUUCAUUGCUAAUAAAACAAAGGAUAAGAUCAAAGAUAUGGUGAAGGACCUGGACCCUGAUAUGGCCAUGGUGUUGAUCAACUAUGUCUACUUUAAAGGACAGUGGAAAACACCGUUCAAUCGUGUCAUGACACACAAGAUGGACUUCAAUGUGGACAAGACCACCAAAGUUCAGGUGGACAUGAUGAUCAGGAAGGAUGAUUACGACACCUACUGGGACGUCGACAACCACACCACGGUCGUCAUGCUGCCCUACAAGGGCAACACCUCCAUGAUGAUCGUCCUGCCCGAUGAAGGCAAGAUGAAGGAGGUGGAGGGCUUCAUCAACAAGGACUACAUCAAGCACUGUCGAGAAUCCGUCUCAAUGGAAUAUGUGUUUCUGUACCUGCCAAAGUUUUCAAUCUCUGCUGAUGCUCCCCUGGAAAACACACUGAAAGAAAUGGGCAUAACCGACGCUUUUGAGAACAAGGCAGAUUUCUCUGGCAUGUCUGAGGUCCCGCUCAAAGUCUCAAAGGCGUCCCACAAGGCUCUGCUGAGUGUCGCCGAGAUGGGAACAGAGGCAGCAUCCUCCACCAUUCUUGAGAUGUUUCCCGUCAGUAUGACACAGUCCGUGAGAAUUGACAGACCCUUCUUGGUCUUCAUCCUGGAGAACGUCACCGGAAGCAUCCUCUUCAUGGGCAAGAUCAACAACCCCACAGCCAUGUAAAGAAGCAAGACAAAUAAGAACCAUGAACCAUGAUCACAGGUUGCAGCAGCCAUAAUUUGAGAAGCUGCUGGAGUGUUUCUAAAUGGAAGCAUGUACACCUUAUGUCUUUGACUCUGAAAAGAUAAUAAAUGAGGACACUGAAAAUGGAAAAUAAAGA